UACGAAGGAGUAUUCACCAAACAGCCAGCGAUCCUACUGCGCAUGGAACCCGAGGAAGCCAAAGAAUUCGUCGACGCGUACCUUCAGGAGCCGUAUUGGGAGAAGAGAUGGAAGAGCGCUAAUUCCGAGUCGACAACGUUCACGCCAGGGCGACGCUUCCACAAGACGGAGGACGGCCUUCUCUUUUUCCUGGACGCCGAUUUCCUGCCGCGCCUCUGCGUGCCCGACAAACUCGUUCCGCGCAUCCUGCGAGCCGCGCACGAAGAGCCCAUGGAAUGCGCGCAUGGC